CCUUCCUGUUCCUCCAAUGGCUUCUUCUCGGAGGUUCCGUUUCAGGGACCAAGAAACGGAGGGGGAUUCGAUGGCUGAUGAGGUCGAAACCGAGGGGUCGUCAGGUUCGGGCUCUGAUCACGGCUACGAGUCCGAGCUCCACUCUAUGACAGGAAAGGGUAUAAAGCGCCUUUGUUCAGAGCUCCUUGAGUUAAAGAAAUCAUCAGAUGAAGAUUUUCAACGAAAUGUUUACUCAAAUUAUCCAGCCUUCAUCAGUUUGUCAGUUGUCAGUUUUUCUUUGUUGACAUGCACCUGUGCCAUGGCGUGACUUUUCAUGUAUUUAUAUAUGUAUAAGUGAGAAAAGAAGAGAUGAUUCAGUUAUGUACUAUACACGUUAAAGCCAGCAAGCUCAAAGCAGUUUGUUCUCCUUUGGUGGCAAAACGAGCUACAGAUGUUGCUAUUUUUCCGCUUCUCUACUUUUUUAACACCAUGAAGAAGGAUUUCUUAAGGAAGGGAAGCUGGAGAAUUAAUGGAUGUUUCCUUAUAGUUAAGUGGGAUAUUCUGUAUAGAAGUCCUGGUCCUAUGCAUCUAAGCAUAUGGUAUUGUUCUUAGAAGAACUCUUCUGAUGCAGCAUAUACAACUGCAGGAGUUGUUUUUGAUGACUUUACCAGUUCAUUCCAUAUAGUAAUUUAGUUACAAGAGAAAAUAGGUGAGAAUAUCAUAAUUUGGAGUUGAAUCAUGUAUAAAAUUUGUUUUGGAAGAUACCUCUGAGAUCUUUUAUUUUGCUUUGAAUAGAAACAGAAUGGUUGUGGAUUGUAAUAAAAUUAGAAAAUGGGUGGUCGUUCAGUUCCCUCAAACUAUCUAAUUUAUAGUUUGUAACCCUGCUGAUGUGCAAGAUAUUGAAUUUAAUGAAAAUGAGUAUUUGGAGUUAGGAAGUGGUAGAACUUUGGUAAGAGUGUAAGACCAUUAUUAAGGUUUAUGCACAGUGGGGAGCUUAAGUCACGCUUGUAGAGCAAAUUUGUUGCCUUUUUACUAUGUCAUAUUAUUAUAGCUAUGACAUCUUUUACAGAUUAUAAUGAAACCAAGAAGUACAAUUUUAUGUGUUUGGCAACGUAUCUUGUCGAAUAAGGUUUUUUGUGCAGAAUACUUGAAGAAGCUGGAAGUGUGGAAAGUGAUCUCAUGGAACUCAAACAUCAUGUUUCAACCCAAAGCAAGCUCAUCAAUGAUCUUAUGAACAGCCUCAAUUUAGAGAUACUAUCUGACAGUACAAGGAAUAAGGCUGAAAGAACUGAAUAUCUUGAUCCAUUAUCUCCUAAAAUCUUUGGGACUGAUAUGUAUGAUACUCUGGAUACAUUGGAUAUUCUUCUUUCUGAACACCAAUUAGAAGAAGCUCUAGUUGUUUUGGAAGUGGAAACCAAAACCUUGCAAACGAUGCACAAGGAAGACCUAUCCCCAAUGGUCAUGUCAUAUAUGUAUUCAAUAUCUGAUAGGAGGGACAGGUUAGCUGAUCAGUUUGCUUGUUUAGCUAAACAUCCAAGAGUAUGUCAACCAGAAAUGAUAAAGGCACUCUGUGGGCUCUGCAGGCUUGGUGAAAAGCAGCGGGCAAAUUUUUUACUGUUCAAGUAUUUCCAUUCAUGCCUUGCAAAUUAUGUGAAAGAACUGGAGUGCUCAAAACCAGAUCUUCAUGGAAUAUAUAUGAGGGAACUUGCAAAGAUUGUAUUUUCUGUCAUAUCUCAAGCAGCAGGAAGCUUCAUUAUGUUGCAUGGUGAAGCAUCUCCAUAUUCUUCAGAACUCAUACAGUGGGCCAAGGAAGAAAUCAAAGUGUUCGGUGGUAAAUUUGAUAAGUAUAUCAGAUCUAUAUCAGAACUGACUGGGGGCUUAUUUCUGGUAGUUGAUGCUGUGAACACUGCUUUCUUACAUUGCUCUUCAUUGAAAACUCAGAGUUUAUUUUUGCAGACAGACUUGAUGAAAUUGAUCAGGCCUUGCAUGGAAGAGGUGUUGCUGAUGCAUAUGGACUACUUUAAAAAAGUUGUCAGGAUUUGGACAACCACUGAUACUUGGCUCCUUGGUAAAUUUUUCCUUUCUGGAAAGUUAAGGAACAAAACAUCUCAAACGGGCAUUGAAUACCGCCUACUUAGUAGCAGUGGAAGGAAGUUUGUUACGCUAAUGCAGGAGAUUGUGGAUGAUAUUUCUUCAUUGGUAAAUCUUCAUAUGGAAAGUUCGAUCCUGCAAGGCCUUGCUGAACUGUUCAAUGAGUAUAUGCAUGCCCUUCAAAGAGCUAUUCCAAAUAGAGAACAUGCUGGAGAAAAUGGUUUUCUGAGAAUUAGUUCUGCUCAAGAACUAAUGCAACAACUCCCUCUUUUAGUCAAUUCCUUGACUCUUGUCGAUCUUUUCCCAGUCAUUGCUGCUAGCGUCUCCAAGGAUGCCAGACCUUCAAACGAUGGGGUAUUCUUAGAGCAUGCUGAUCAUUUUUCACAGGAGGAAAUUGAUACUUUGAUCCUUUCAGUUCAAGAAGCUGCAGAACAACUAUGGUGCCAUUUCUGCCAUCAGUUUGUGUCUGAAGUCAUGUCAACUGGGAAACGUGAAUCAUCAACAAGUUUGGAGCCAUGUGCUAAUGGUCAACAGAUUCCUACCUCAACACAAGAUCAGAUGCCUUCAUUUGCAUUUCAGGCACUGUUCCUACAGCUGAGGAAGUUAGAAGAUUUGUCUAAAUCUAUCUUCAUCGACAAGGAUGGGUUGGUGGACAAGCUACUAAAAGAGUUAAUGAAGGCUGUGAUUGUUUGGCUUUCUGAUAACCAAGAGUUUUGGGAAAAUACUGAGAUGUGCUCUCAUGCACGAAAGCUCAGCUUUGUUGAGCAGGUCCGUUUAGAUAUUCAUUUUUUAGUGGAAAUCGCACAGUUCAGAGGGUACUGUUCAGAUGAUCUGAUGGCUGCAGCAGUAAACACACUAGUGCAAAUUGGUGCGACCUCUGAUGAAUUCGAAUCAAAUUCAGAUAGAUGGGCCUCAAAUGCUGCCAAACUGGCAAUUGAAAAGCUGCUGGCAGUUCAUGAAGCCGAGUUGCAGCCAAAGGAAGAAGCUGCCACAAUUUUUCUCGGGGACUUGAGCACACAAAAAUGGGAGGAUGCAAGCCCAUCUGAUGAAGAUGAUGCUAUAGGAAUCCCAGAGGAUUCAGCAGACGUACAGGAUGGUGAAUUUGAUGGUUUGGCUGAAGAAGAUAUCACAAAGUUGCUUCAUAAUAGAAGUUCAGUAUUAAAACCUCUUAAAAUACCUACGAGUGAUGCUGCAAUUGUUGAUUUAGAUGAUGAGGGCUCUAGAGGUCACAAAAACGAGGAUGAUGCUAUAGGAACCUCAUCGGACGCCGUGGACCUACUGGAUGGUGAAUUCAAUGGGUUGGCUGAAGAACAUAUCACAAAUUUACUUCGAAGUUUGGAACUAAAACCUCUUGAAAUACCUAUGAGGGAUGCUGGAGCUGUUGAUUUAGAUGGUGGGGGCUCUAGAUGUCACGAAAAUGGGGAUGAUGCUAUAGGAACCUCUGAGGACUCCACAGACUUGCUGGAUGGUGAAUUCAAUGUUUUGGCUGAAGAGGACAGUGACAAGACACUUGUGAAUAAAAUUUUUGAAUCAAAAUCUUUGGGAAGUUCUAUAAAUGCUGAGAGUGUUGUUGACUCUGAUGCCGAGAGUUCUAUAGGUCCUGCCAUUCAGUAUGUCAACAUGGAAGAUGAACGUGAGACAAAUGCUUUCAUUAAGCCUGACAAACCAAGGGGGGUUGAGGGCACAGAAAAACUGGAUGAUAGUUCUAUGAUAAAUGAUGAAGUGGAUCCUGUUGGAAAGUUGGAUGAAUGUGUCACUGUUACAGCUCAUUCUGUAACAGACAAGCUAACAGAUGUUGUGGAAUUAGAAAAUCUAGCAGUGCAGACCAAGCUUCUUGAAGUUCCUAGUAAGUUGAACUCUCCCAUGACUUACCUAAGUGAUUCAGGGGGAACUGGUAUAGUUGUUGAUGUCAAGGAGACUGAGCUUUAUCCUGAGAAUAGACGUAUUGUGCUUCAAAGUGGGGACACAAGCAGUUCUAUUCGUGAGGGUGAUAGUAGUCAUUUGACUACAUCAGAGAACUGCAUGCAAGAUGAUUUGCAUGGAGCUGCAGAUGAGAAAACAGCUCGGCUGAUACAGGAUCAUGUGGAAGAAGAACUGCUAGCUGAGAGAGCUAAGGAGUUGGUUCUUAAUAAGAGUUCUGAAACACAAGGCAGGGAUGUUAAGCUUGUUGGGGAUGAUGGGAGUACCUAUGGUGAUCGCUGUGGGCGGUCAAGAUACAUCAAUCCUGCAGACAAUUUGAGAAGGAAUAGAAAGGACACGAGAACCACCAGGCCUAGGUGGCACUAAAAUCCUGAAUGUCUGGUUAUACUCGCAUAUAGGGGUAUUUCUGUUCUUACACCAGAUUAUAGCAAGUUACUUAGUUGUUGCAACACAAUGAACAGAAUAUAUUUCUCUGCAGUGAAGCCACCAAAGCCAUUUGUCAUUAGGAUUUGUAUCUGAAGCGGAUUGUGGACUCGUGGACGAAUGGAUUUAUAUCUGCUGAAAUUGUAUUGGCCAGAUAACGAAAUGUUUCUAUUGUGCUGUUUGUCUUGCAGAUGCUUUCUGCACAAAUUGCCAGAGAGCAUUUAUUUAUUCAAGAGACUAGAAUUACAUUUCAAAGAUCAGUGGGAAAGUUAUUUUAGUGGACAUAAAGUCUACUAAUCCAAGAUUUUGAAUAAAAAACAAUCAAAAAUUUGAGGGUAAA